AUGCUACUCACCAAAAGAUUUUCGAAGCUGUUCAAGCUGACGUUCAUAGUGUUGAUACUGUGCGGACUGUUCGUCAUUACAAACAAAUACAUGGAUGAGAACACGUCUGUCAAAAAUUACAAGACGUAUCUAGACAAUUAUGUUCAAAGUUACUCCAAUAAAUACUCAUCUUCUUCAGACGCCGCUGGCGCUGACGAUUCGGCUCCAUUGAAGGGCAAUGAUGAGGCGGGCAAUGUAAAGUUGAAGAGCUUCUACAACAACGUUUUCAACUUCUUAAUGGUCGAUUCACCCAAGGGGAAGACUGCAAAGAAAUACAACGAGGCAUGCCUGUUGAACGGUGAUAUCGGAGACCGUCCCGACCACUAUAAAGAUCUUUACAAGUUGUCUGCCAAGGAGCUAUCUAAGUGUUUGGAACUCUCUCCAGAUGAAAUAGCAAGACUGACCAAAAGCCAUAAGGACUACGUAGAUCAUAUAGGGACUCUUGUCUCGCCAAAGGGCACGUACAAAGGUUCCGGCAUAGCCACAGUGGGUGGUGGUAGGUUCUCCCUAAUGGCAUUUCUGAUCAUCAAGACUCUAAGAAAUAUGGGGACCACAUUACCUGUAGAAGUUCUGAUUCCUCCUGGUGAUGAAGGUGAAACUGAGUUUUGUAACAAGAUUUUGCCUAAGUAUAACUCCAAGUGUAUUUACGUCUCAGAUAUUCUACCAUCGGAGACGAUUGAAAAAUUUGUUUUUAAAGGAUAUCAGUUCAAAUCAUUGGCCCUUGUCGCUUCUAGUUUUGAAAACCUACUUCUAUUGGAUGCCGACAAUUUCCCCAUCAAACCCCUAGACAACAUAUUCAACGAAGAACCAUAUGUAUCAACAGGCUUGGUCAUGUGGCCCGAUUUCUGGAGGCGCACUACUCACCCACUGUACUACGAUAUUGCAGGUAUUUCUGUCGACAAGAAAAAAAGAGUUCGUAACUCUCAAGACGAUAUCACCCCCCCUGCUGUUUACACAAAGAAUUUGAAUGACCUGGAUGACAUCCCGCUAAGUGACCUAGACGGCACAAUGCCUGACGUGUCCACGGAAUCCGGCCAGCUGAUGAUAAACAAAAGCAAGCAUUUAGCUACGGCUCUGUUAUCCUUAUUCUACAACGUUAAUGGACCAGCCUGGUACUACCCAAUAUUUUCUCAAAAGGCAGCUGGUGAAGGUGAUAAGGAAACUUUUAUUGCAGCUGCGAACUUUUAUGGUCUACCGUUUUAUCAAGUUAGGACGAGGACAGGCGUUGAAGGUUAUCAUGACAAGGACGAAUUCCAUGGUGUAGCAAUGUUACAACACGACUUUGUCCAGGAUUAUAGCCAUUACCUAACUGCUAUUAAGAGCAUUAACAACAAAUACAGUGGCAUUAAAUCACCUGAUGCAACCAAGUUUGACAAGAAUUAUUCUCUCGAAAAAUACACCAAAGAAUUUUUCGAUAACGAGGACUUAAAUGCCAAGGAUCAUGUAGAUGUUAUGUUCAUCCAUUCAAACUUCCCAAAGUUCGACCCAUACGAUUUAUCUGAAACCAACUUCUUGACUAUAGAUGAUAAACCUGCUCGUUCAUACACUGCCUUACACAAAAUACAAAAUUAUGAUAUCGAACUGGAGAAUUUCAAGAUUUUAAACGAAUAUGUUUGCGUUAACAAGAAUCCUUUCAAAUACCUAGAUGACAAGUUGGGACAGGAUAAAAAAGAAUGGAAAAGAGUGUGUGAUUACGUCUCCAAUAAAUUAACAUUCUUAGAAUCUACUCAUGAUAAGGCGAUUGCCGGUAAAUAA